CUGGAAUUAAUAUGCGCUCUUAGUUUGGGUGCUUUGACAUGUUUAUGGUUUUAACCUGAUAAAACAGAUGCACAGGCUUAAAUGACGUAUACCCAAUUACGCGGGUUUAUGGGGGUCUCCGUUCAAGUACCGGGAUUUGAUAAAAACCGAAAUUAUUGCAGUUAACAGAUAUUGCAGAAUUUGUCAAACGGUUUUUGUUAAACUUAUCGCAAACUUUGUCAUGCAAAAUCUACUUAAACUUGUAUGAAUUGAUACAAAUAAAUUUCCCAUAGAAGUUUUUGAACAAUAAUGCUGGAAUUGUUGUAACAAAGAAAGGACUUAGAAUGUCAUUUAUAAAAGCGGCUAAUAAAAGUAAGAAGGGUGCAACUCACGAGUACGUGAACGAGGCUUACCAACGCUUUCCGGAAGAAGACGAAGACGAUGGUUACAAGAUUUCCGAUACUGACGACAAUGAUGAUGACGUCAGCAGUGACGACACGGAUACAACUACGUCAAACAAUGACAGCGCGUAUCAAACAAUCUCCAAAACGUCGUCUGAAAAUGCGCCGUGUGAACAGCAUAGACGGAAAUCAACGAAAAAUAAACUAAGGACAACAAAUAGAUGGGACGUGUUUAGAGAGACCUCCGAGGAUAAUGUGACGUCAUCGGAACUAGAUUUCUGGAAUACAAUCUUUAAAGUGACCAAAGUAAUAUUUUCAAUAAUUUUGUUUAUAUUUGUACUUGGUGCGUCAGUGAUCUCGAAAAGUACACUGUUCCUGUUGACCUCAAACAUAUUCCCGCCAAAUUCAUUUCGGAAUACCUCGUUGAAGACGUCGCACUUUCACUUCCGUUACCAAACCUCAGAAACUGCCGUGACGUAUAUUUGGUCCCUCGUGCUUGUAGUUAUAGCCCCAUAUUUCUUUACCAUGAUCGCGAAAACUUGGAAGCUAAUUUUCAAAAAGACAAGGCCUUUAGAGUGGAGACCGCUUCUAGUGGCAAUGCUUGUAGAAACGUUUCACAGUGUUGGCAUCAGUUUGUUUAUAUUCAGCGUGUUACCAAACCUAGAUCCUGUAGCCGGAGCACUGUUUUGUAUGAAUGUAGCCAUCUUACCAAUUGUUAUUAACGUGGUAUAUUCUGGUUCCGAAGCCGGCGUCAUUGAGUCUUCAACAGAGCGGCUGAUUAGGCGUGUUCUUGCCUUUGGCGCUUUGGGUUCGAGCCUUACAUCGUUGGCAUUUUGGACCUAUUACGUGUAUGAUUUGGAUUCUGACUGGCAGAAGGACAAGCCGGGGCUAACUAUAUUUACUGUGAUAUCUCCAAUCUUAGUGUCCAUUUAUUGGUGGGAGAAUUUUGUGCCACAGGGUGACGAAUCGUCAACAGGACUUCGUAAACUUAAACGCCAGCUUCGUAGCAGACGAACGAAAGUUUCAGCAAUUAUGAGUCUAUGGAAGAUAGUUGUAACAUUGUGUAUGGUAUGGAUUAUUUUCGGUGUUGAUUGCACAGACGGCAUAAAGUGUCUUCAGACGAUGUUUGACGUCACGAGCAACGCUACACUGUCGUCUGCAACGUUCGGGCAUACAAAUCUCGUGAUAAAUGUGGUCGUCGGCACGUGCUCCAAAUACUUACCUUUAUUUAUAGCCGCAGUAAAUAUAGGGUCCAGCUACUUUUGCUACAGAUGCUGCGUAUCAGCGAACAAGAUUUUAGCGCAGAUUCCAAGCUUCUCAGUGCCAUUGAUUCUAUCUACACCUGUCACUCUCGCUAUCAUGAUUGGAGAGUAUUCUCAGUCAGAGCUGAAAAUGACUGAGACAUGUUUUCUACCAUUUCCACGGUGGAAUGGCGAUGUUGAAUUUGAUUGGUCAAUUAUAAUUGCAAGCAUUCUGGGAUAUGUUAGCAUUGCCAUGGUAACCAGUUAUAUAUGGCGACAGACAAAAGAACGGAUGCAACGCGAAGAUAGGAUGUUCGUGCAACCGAUGUACUGUGGGAUAUUGUUGGACCAGUCGUUGAUACUCAACAGAAGAAAGUACGAGGACAAUACUAAAGGACUUGAUGAAAAGGAGAAACUUGUAGAGUUACCAAUACCGGACAACUUGGACGACUGGCAGCCGGGUCAAGACGACUGGAGCCCUCUACGAACUAAUGAUACACCGUUCAUUUAUCUGUGUGCUACUAUGUGGCACGAGACUGAAAACGAGAUGACUCAGAUCUUAAAGUCACUGUUUAGAAUGGACGAGGACCAGUGUGCCAGAAGAAAUCUUCAGCUUUUCUUUGGCAUAAGAGAUCCCGACUAUUAUGAAUUUGAAGCUCAUAUAUUUUUUGACGAUGCGUUUGAUUACAACGGUGAAGAGGCCACGGCGAAUGGAUAUGUAAAACAACUAAUCCGAACCAUAGACGUUGCUGUCGGUUCAGUGCACGCCCAUGGUAUGAAGAUACCGCCCCCAACGAAAAUUGACACGCCCUAUGGAGGACGUCUGAUAUGGAGGUUACCCGGUGGUAAUAAAAUGAUUGCUCAUUUGAAAGACAAAGCUAAAAUACGUCACAGAAAGAGGUGGAGCCAGGUGAUGUACAUGUACUACUUUCUUGCGCACAAACUUUUGUCACUUGGCGGUAAUAAGGAACGCUUAAAGACAAUAGCUGAUAAUACGUUUGUCCUCGCGCUUGACGGUGACGUAGAUUUUCAACCUGCGGCACUCAAACUUCUUGUUGAUAGAAUGAAAAGGAAUCCGAAUGUCGGCGCUGCGUGCGGAAGAAUUCAUCCAAUCGGUUCAGGUCCUAUGGUUUGGUAUCAGAAGUUUGAAUACGCAGUAAGUCAUUGGUUACAGAAGGCAACUGAGCACACAAUCGGCUGUGUACUCUGCAGCCCUGGGUGUUUCAGCUUGUUCCGAGGCUCGUCGCUGAUGGACGACAACGUGAUGAGGCGUUAUACAACUCCGCCAACCGAGGCCAGACACUAUGUCCAGUACGAUCAAGGUGAAGAUCGAUGGCUGUGCACACUACUUUUACAGCAAGGCUACCGGGUAGAAUACUGUGCGGCGUCCGACGCUCUGACCUAUGCCCCUGAAGGCUUUUACGAAUUCUACAAUCAAAGACGACGAUGGACACCUUCCACGAUGGCCAAUAUCCUUGACCUGCUGAUGGACUUUAAGAAUGUCACAAAACGGAACAACGACAUCUCUAUGCUGUACAUCAUGUAUCAGAUGUUACUAAUGGUAUCUUCUAUACUGACACCGGGUACCAUUUUCCUCAUGGUCCUUGGGGCGCUUAACAUGGCAUAUCCGACUUUAUCUUUAUACUGGGCGCUUGCUAUCAAUCUACUUCCGGUUGGCAUCUUUAUUUUGCUUUGUUACGUAGCCAAAGGUGAUACACAGCUAGCGUAUGCCGCUGUUCUAUCUACUGUCUACUCCCUCGUGAUGAUGCUCGUUAUUGUUGGAUUGCUGAAGCAGGCUGCAGAUAACGGUUUCUGUUCUGUAACGACACUGUUUCUUUGCUUUGUUGCCGGGGUGUUUAUCCUUGCCGCCUUUAUUCACCCUCAGGAGUUUUGGUGCCUCCUUCAUGGUUUCCUGUAUUUUCUUGCUAUCCCGUCAAUGUCCAUGCUCCUCAUGCUGUAUUCCAUUGGUAAUUUACACGUGGUCUCGUGGGGAACCAGAGAAACACCGAAACCUGCUGCAGCACCUAAACCCGGGGAAGUGAAGAAACAACCGGAGAAAAAGGGUGCAGUUCAAGAGUGGCUACAGAAAUUAGGUCUAGCAGAAAAGGCGGGAAAAUCAGACUACAUGUUUUCAUUCGGAAAUCUUUGCAGGUGUGUCUGCUGCCCCUCUGAAACCAAGGAUACGGAGGACAUAAAACUGAGGGCGAUACUUGACCGUCUGGAUGACAUGGAGGCUAGAAUCAUAGACUCGCCAGAGAGCCAUCAAUCCACCGAGCUCGAAUCUGAACGUCACGUGCACUUUUCGGAAGCCUCGGAUUUGUUCGAAGGAUCUAGAGAAAGGAUCAACCCUCUAUUUGAAGAGGAAUCCACGUCCAAUAAACCUCCGCCUCGACAUUGGAUCAAUGACAAAGAGUUGAUGAUGGGCGCCGUUGAGACGAUACCGGAAAAGGAAACGACAUUCUGGCAUGAACUUAUCAAGACUUACCUAUAUCCGCUAGAGGGCGACAAGAAAGAACAGGAAAAGACCCAAGCGGAAUUACUUGAACUUAGAAAUACAGUUUGCUUGUUUUUCCUUCUUGUGAACGCAUUGUUUGUGGUAAUUGUGUUCAGUCUACAACAAGUGAACGCUGACUCGGGCGGCUCAAUCUCUAUCGAGUUACCUUGUGCUAAUGGGAACUUUGGGGAAGCAAUCGAGCCAAUCAGCAUGGCUUUUACAGCCGUCUUUGGGCUUCUUUUGCUGAUUCAGCUCUUCUGUAUGAUUCUACAUCGGAUGUCCACGUUCCUACAGAUCUGCUCCAUCACGGAAAUCAAACUCAGGCGUCCAAAACAACUUCAAGCUGAAGAAAAAGAAAUAAGUGUUGAGAAGGGCCUGAGACUUGUCCGAGAUAUGCAGGGUAUUAAAGACGAUGACACUAAAUCUGUAGUAUCAGAGGAUCUGAGUAUUUCCGAUGACAGGUCUUCAGUUGGAACAGUAGAGGGUGAAGGCAAAAGAGACUUGUGGAAGAAAAUUGCAAAUAGACGUAGAGAGCAAAAGUUUGGAACAUUGAGUCAAAACUUUGUUAAGAAUUUCAAGAAACUUCAAAGACAUAUGGAAGAUCAAGAGAUGGGAUCAACGCUGCAUGUCAAUAGAGGCGUGGGUAGUGUUAAUAACGGAGGUCUUGGUACUGUAACAGAAGAAGACGAUCAGGAAGAUGUGCAACAACUGAAAAGUGUGAAGCGGAAAUUCAAUCGAUUUGAAAGAAAGAGUAUCUUUACGAUUGUUCAAAUGUCACGUGACCCAAGGUUAAAGCAAUCAAUUCUACAACGUGGUAAUGUUGUAACAAGUCGCUGGCGACGUGCUGCAUUAAAAGCUAAGCUACGAGCAGCGGCAGAGCAGGCAGCAAACAACGGAAACAAAGAUACUUCAGACGGCAAACCAAAAACAAAAGUUUCCAUUCUAGAUAUAACGCGACUUGCUGUGGCUGACAGGGACAGUAAUGUUCCAUCACCUUCUGAAUCUGAUGAUGAGCUAGUUGAUCAGAAAAGUAGACUGUGAUAUUUAAUAGUACCUCAGUGCUGAAUGUAACCUAAGCAAAUACUGUGAUCUUAAUAUAUAUUGUGUUUCCCAGUACAGUUUGUAAUCUUAGUAUAUACGUAGUAUAUGCUGUAUCAUCAGUCUAGUUUGCGACCUCAGUAUAGAUAACUUUAUAUGUAUAAAUUUAUUUCAAGGAACUUCAAUGAGGUCUAAAAGCCUGAAAACAUAAAAUGUGAAUUUCUUACACACAUCAGUUUUGGCAAUUAACACAGAACAAUAUGCAAAAGAUGAUUUUA